CUCACUGUCAGAACAAGUCAGUAUGUUCAUCGAGUCAUCAUUCAAAUGUUCAUUCAAUGUUGUCGAGCGUUUGAGUGAAAACGUCUGUAGGUGUAGGCGCUUGGGCGUAACAAAGAAAGUGUUAACUUUAACAGAAAUGUAAUUUCUGACAUAAAACUAAUACAAAAUUGUUGUUACUCUACUGAGAUGAAUAUAGUGUUCUUCGACAAAUUCAAACAAUUAAACGACCUUCGAUCUAUAAACUGUAGUGUUUAUUUUCAACGGGUUUCUUUUGGAGUUUGUUUUGCAAACAAUAGUAUACCCAUUUUGAAUUUAACAUUUUAGAAGGUAACGCGGGCGUAGAUAUACGGGCUAAUGUUUAGUGAGUGGUACUGAGAUAUGACGAUGUGUCUCCGGUUGGUGCUCGUGUGGGCGGUUGCGGCGGCCGCGCCGGACCCCUGGCUGAGCGACGUCGGCCUGAAGAUGCACUCGGACCUGUAUGAGGCGAUAGGCAAGAUCGAGGUCAACUACUCGACGCCCGUGAUCAACGCGACGUACGUGGCUCGCGUCGAGUUCGACAUGCGGGCCAUGGGCAUGCUCUACAACUCCACCCACAUGAUCAUCGACUUCAUCGCCAACGAGCAGGCUUACCCCGAAGGCUUGGUGUCGGUGUCGGACGGGCAGGUGGAGGUUGCGCCGCUGCGCGAGCACUGGCGGCCGCUGCUGGCACACUACGCGGGCCCCGCCGCCGCGCUGCUUCUGGCCGCACUCUUCGCCGCCGCGCUGCCGCUGGCAGGGCUGUUCUGGUGCUGCUGCCAGUGGUGCCGCGUGGGCCGGCGCCGGCGGCCCUUCGACCGCAAGUACGACGCCUGCAUCAAGGGCAUCCUCGCGAUACUCCUCAUCGGCUUGCUGACGCUCUUCCUGUUCGGCGUGGUGUGCGCGUUCGCGACGGACUCGCAGGUGGAGAGCGGGUCCGCGGGCGCGCCGGCGGCGCUGCGGCGCGGCCUGCGCGACACGCGCGUCUUCCUGAACGCGACGCAGGCGCACGCGCGCUACCUGCUCGUCGACAACUACGCCGAGCUCGAGCGCCGCCUCAACGCCCUGCUCACCUACAGCGGGGUGCUGAUGUCGCAGCAGCUGAGCGAGGAGUCCGGCAGCGCGGCGGUGGGGCGGCUGGAGGCGCUGCUGCGCCAGCUGCCGGCCGCGCGCACUGCGCUGCGGGAGGUGCGCGAGCGCACGCACGCGCUGCGCGAGCACGCCCAGCGGCUCAACGCAGGACUGCGCAAGGUGAAGGCGCUGCUGCUGCAGACUCUGAACGACUGCGAGCAGCCGAAGUGCCGCGAGCUCAAGGACAAGUACAAGAUCGGUCAGCUCGACACCGAGAUACAGUACAGCCAGAUGCCGGACGUGUCGGCGGUGCUGGGCGAGCUGGGCGCGCUGCUGGACGGCAACCUGACGGCGGAGGUGGGCGGCGGGCUGGAGGCGGUGCGGGGCGUGCAGCGCGCGCUGCGCUCGGCGGUGGAGGAGCGCGCGCCGCACGUGCAGGCGGCGCUGGCGGAGGCGGGCCGGCAGCUGCGCGCGCUGGCGGAGCGCGUGCAGGCGCUGGCGGGCGAGGCUGGCGAGCGCGUGGCGCAGCACGCCGCCGCCGCCGACUGGCUGCAGGGUGCGCUGGACCGCCACUCCGUCUACUGGCGCCACACCGGGCGCGCCGCCGCCGCCUGCCUGCUGCUGAUAACGUGCCUGCUGGCGUGGGGGCUGGUGUGCGGCGUGUGCGGCAAGCGGCCCGACGUGUACGGCGCCAGCGACUGCUGCAACAAGGGUGCCGGCUCCAGCUGCCUGCUGUGCGGGAUGGCGGUCACGUUCCUGGUGGGCGGCGCGGUGACGCUGGUGAUGAUGGUGUACUUCGUGGUGGGCGUGGCCAGCCAGCGCUUCGUCUGCGAUCCCCUCACGGAGCCGCGCGGCAGCCGCGUGUUCGCGGACAUGGAGCGGUUCGUGGAGCUGCCGGGUGGCGGGGGCGCGCAGCUGAACCUGAGCGCCGUGCUGCUGCGCUGCCACGCCAACCGCACCGUCUACGAGACGCUGGAGCUGUGGCGCGUGUUCGACCUGGAGGCGGUGGCGCAGAACGCGUCGCGCGAGGUGGCGGCGCGCGCGGCCGAGCUGCGCCCGCACCUGCCGCACGGCGUGGUGCUGCUGAGCGAGGAGGCGCGCGCCCAGCUGCGCCGCCUGGCCGCCGCCGGCCUCUCCGACCUCGAGUACGACCGCAUCCUGCAGGCCCUGGAGACGAACAUGACGUCGCUGGAGCUGUCGGGGCUGGUGGCGCAGCUGCGCAGCACGGCGACCGCUCUGGCGGCGCGCGCGGGCUACGCCGAGGUGGCCGCGCGGCUGGGCGACGCCGCCGACGAGCUGGCCGCGCUGCAGGCCGACGUGCUGCGCCCCAUGCUCGACCACACGGAGCGCCUCAACGAGACCGUCACGAUGCUGCGCGACCGGCUGCGCUCCAACUACUCCUCGCUGCGGGAGGGCAUCAACUUCCUCGUGCACGAGACCACUCAAGCCGAACUCUUCCUCAAUAAUCGGGGCCCGGAACUGGUGCAGAACCUGACGGAGAAGUUCGCGAGCGCGGUGAGCGAGCAGCUGCGCGAGUACGCGCGCCGCCUGCAGCGAGCUGCGCGCCGCGACGUCGGCCGCUGCGGUCCACUCUCGCACGCCUACAACGCCACGCGCGACGCCGGCUGCCGCGCCCUGCUCAUGCCCGUCAACGGGUACUGGAUCUCGCUGGCGUGGUGCGUGGUGCUGUUCGUGCCGCUGCUGCUGGUGUCGGGCCGGCUGGCGCGCCUCUACCGCCACGCCGACCCCUACCCCGGCCCGCUGGUCGAGGCCGAGUAUUUGUAUGAUGCGUAUGCGGACCGCGAUAACGUCCCCCUCGCCAACGGCUCCAAGCGCAGCACGCUCGACAUCGAGGGCAAGAUCGCGGAGUGGCGCGAGCGCAGCGCCGCGGCGGGCGGGCCGGCGGGCGGGCCGGCGGGCGGGCCGGCGGGCGCGCAGUCGGGCACGGCGCUGGUGCUGGAGGGGCGCGAGGUGGUGUGCGCGCUGCUGCCGCCGCCAGCGCUCAUCGACGACCUCAAGACGCGCCUCGACGCCAAGGACGAAGACAACGAGUCCGGCAUACACGACGCCGAGUAG